GGCGAACCUGGGAUCUGCCGAACUCCCUUAAAACUAUCGGCAGCCAGGCGCUGCGGCUCCGAAGAAGCGAACGCGCCGUGCGCUGCGGGAGCGGCAGCAGGAGAGAGGAGCGCGGCGUGUUUCUCUCUCGAUCUCUGAAGCAGCAGCCACCGCCAAACUCAGCCCGUCGGGGCCUCCUUUGCCCGUGGGCUGCCUCUCCCCGCUUGCCCGGGACUUUCGCUUCUCAGCAGCACAUGGAUCCCCGGGGAUUCCCCGGCACAGGCGGUGCGCGCUGAGCCAAACAGCACCGGAGUUGCCUCCUCUCCGUGCGCGCUUUGGUUUUUUCCCUCCCCGGCUGUUUCCCAGGGACAGGUUGUUGCAAAGGCACCUCCGCGUGGGGCUUGGACCUGGCCAUGUUCGGCUCCUGGUGGCUCGUGGGGCUCUUCGUAGCUUACACAUCUGGGAAGAAGCGGUGGGAUGUCCCAACAUCUCACACAGACCAGCUCGGUCCAGGAAAACUGCGAUGGGAGCCGCAGUGCCAGCAUCAAUUGCGCCACCUCCAGGAUGGUGCUAGAAUUUCGGCUGUCCUGCCUCCCAGGCUGGAAGGUCAUUGGAUUUCAACAGGGUGUGAGGUACGUCCAGGACCUGAAUUUCUCACCCGGUCCUAUAUGUUCUACGCCAACCGCCUCUUCAAAGCCUAUCAGUUCUACUACCGGGACCCUUCCUGCCGGGACCCCUCUUACUCCCUGGUAAUCAAAGGGAAGGUCAGGCUCCGCCAAGCCUCCUGGAUCACCAGGGGAGCCACGGAGGCAGAUUACCACCUCCACAAAGUUGGCAUUGUCUUCCACAGCCAGAGGGCCAUGCAGGAAACAGUGGCGCGCAUCAACCAGACUUCGGGAGAGCACUGUAGCGGGUUCUCGCCGGCUGGGCGGACUUGGGCUCCCGGUGCCCUCUAUGAGCUCCUGAGUGCCAAAGCAGAGCGGGAUUGCACCGCGGGCCUUGGCUUCGCUAUGCAUGAACUCAGCCUUGUACGAGUGGAGAAGUACCACCAGCCCUUGUUCCUUCAGCAGAGCCAGGGGAGCAGGGAGGUGGAGGAGCUGUAUCUGGGGGACAUCCACACCGAGUGGUCAGAGAGGCUCCAUUAUCGGCCAACAGGAUACCAGCGCCCCCUGCAGAAUGCGAUGCAUCACAUCCAGCCGUGCCCUGCCUGUGGGAUUAUAUACCGAGCUGACGAACACCACCCGCCUGUAUUACCCCUCAAGCCAGAGCUCCCCAUGUUGCUCAGCGGCCGCUGGGUCAGCACUCGCUGCGAGGUCCGCCCAGCCGUGCUUUUCCUUACAAGGUACUUUAUUUUCCAUGCCAACAACCGCAGCUGGGAAGGCUACUACCGCCACUACUCUGACCCUCUCUGCAAGCAGCCAACGUUCACCGUCUAUGCUCUCGGCCACUAUACCCAGGGAGCGCCGUCCCUCAUUGUGCGAGGAGGUACCGAGCUUGUCUUCAAGGUGACCCGCGCCCGGGUGACGCCAAUGGAUCCCGUAACUGUGGCGAUGCUGAACUCCUCCAGCUUCGGGAGCUGCGGAGAAGCCGGUGCCUGGAGCGUCGGGCAAGAGCUAGAUGUGACUCACACGAAUGGCUGCGCCGCACUGGGAAUCAGACUGCCCCACACCGAGUACGAACUCUUCCGAGUCGAGCAGGAUGCCAAAGACCACAGCUUGCUCUUCAUCGGGGAGAGGCCGACCGAUGGGUCAAGCCCCAACACACCCAGCAAGCGACCCACGUCCUACCAGGCCCCUCUCGUCCAGUGCGGGGGCCCCUCAGGAGCCCUAGCGAGGCACAUCAAGCCAAGUUACCUGGGAAGAAUAGGCGAGGACAAUAGCAGUGGGGCACUGAAGACAUUGCCUUGGGCAUCCCUGCUAGCAUCUCUAGCUGUGCAUAUUGUCCGGUGGGACUAGAAGCCCAGAUGUUUUGGUCACUGAGCUGCUGCAUGGAAUCCAGACAGCCUUAGCAUUCAGACUUACGUGUAUGCACAACAGCACACUGGGGAAACUGUUUCAUUUUCUACCUUGCCAAUACACACUCUUUAUUUUUUUCUUAAUGAUAGGUGAAGCCUGUUGGAUAGGUGAUAGGUGAAGCCUGUUGGAUGCCUAAGUAUGGACACGGCCAUCUGAAUUGGGCUGCUUGGUCUCUGAUGUAGAGGGCAUCCUUCGGCUUCUGAUCAGGUGGCUUAAAUUGUACCUAACGCACCAGAACGGCUCGUUUCAAUAGGUGUAGGAUAGACCUGCACCCCACCCAAACAAAAAAAGUAAUUCUCAUGUAUCGAGAAGCAAUUCUGCUUUCAUGGGACAAUUUCAGUUUGGUUUGCUCUGGAUUAGCGUCAGAGACAUACCGUUUACUAUUUUGUUCGCAAUGUAAACCAACUGUUAAUAGUACAAAAGUUGGAAUUAGGGAGCCUGCUAUCCAGCUUCCGUAUAAUGUACCAUGUGUGAGAAAAUGUACCUGCAUAUUCAACUGUUUAUCUUAAACAGGGGUGGUGAGGGUGUAGAUUUGGUCAGCACAGAACCCCAGAGGCUGGGUUUGCACAUAAAGUUAUGCCAUAGCACAGUGUUAUGUGCACAAGCAGGCAGAAGGAGGACCUUGUUGAAGAUUAGUUUUACUUCACACUCAUAUUUCCUUGUUCUCUCAAGCAAACCAGGGAUCAUAGUUGUUGGUUUCUUUUGUUUCUUAAGACAGGCCAACUUCAAAACAUUUCAUUUCAAAUAUUUUUAGACCGCCUUUAAUUCAAAAGUAAAUUCCAAUGCGGUAUACAAUUAUCAAUUAUCCAAAUACAUUAGGCAGGGAAAUACUGUAGCUACAACUGCAUAUCAAUAGCCUGAAAAUCCAUGGGUUAAUAAAUACAGAGUUUUUAACACAGUUUUAAACAGUCAUUACUAGCAGUACAUGCCUUAUCUCAGAGCAGAGACUUCCACAAUCUAGAAGCCACCAUGGAAAUGCCCUUGCCUUUGGUUGCUGCGAGAUGGAUUAAUAGGGGUCAUGGCAUUGGCAGGAGGACCUCCUCCAAAUAUCUUGGUGUGUAGAAAGGUUUAAAUGGGAUAAGGAGUCUUUUUCAGGUAGCCAAGUCUCAAGUUCCUUAGGGAUGUUUAGGUCAAAAGAAGAAAUUACGAAGCUGGCUUGCUUAACGGACCAGUUUCUUUCGAACCACCAUUUCUCUUUGUAUGGCCUGACAAGCCAGGAUUAUUGGAAGGCGAAACUAAGCACUAGCAAAAGCAUUUUGCUGGUCAUGUGGGAGGGGAGAGGAGAGCCCUGCCAAGCCUGAUGCUUUGCCUGGGCUUCUUCCUGCUCAUGCAGUGUAAACAAUGGUUUUGCAUUAUGUGUGAACCAGGCCACAAUGUCUGUUUUGUAGGUGUCGUGGAUUUGUUUAUAUGACGUCCUGAGGCCCUUGGUUAUUCUGAUAAAAAGAGCGUGAAUCUAGUCCUUAGGAAUAAAGAUAAUAAAAUGCUAAAGACAGCCACAGUUUAAAAGCCAGACCAGGUACAAGGUGCAAUUCAUUUAGCUAUGUAUGUGGAACUCUACCGAGGUGCUGGGAUUGGAAGAAACCAGUUCACAAUGAAUUGUGCAAGCCAGAUUUAAGCAUAGGAAGCUGCCUUAGACAAAGUCAAACUAUUGGUCCACCUAGCUCAGUAGCGUCUACACUACCUGGCAGGUGUUGCAAUUCUAGAUGAGGCAUUCCCAGCCUCACCUGGAUAUGCUAGGGAUUGUGCCUGGGACCUUUUGCAUUCAAAGUGCAUGUUCUACCACUGAGCUGCGGCCUUGGUUUUGUGAAGACUGACUUUUCCACCCUGCCCCACAUACUUGAUUAUCCUCCUGCACCUGCAAAGAAAGGUAACAGCUAUUGGUAAACAGAAAAUGCUCAAAAGGGCAUUUGUUUACAGCCUCGGCUGUUCCACUCCACUGUGAAAAAUAACCCAGUAUGAGUUUUCUGGCAUCCUUCAUCUCACUUAAUCAGUCAACAAAGCAACAUCCAAUUGAGUUAACUCUGAAACACACAGCUGCUGGCAACAGGCGAAAACUCGUGAUUUCUCGUCUGAUCAAAACUUGCUUGGCAGCUAUUCCUUGGAGCUGUAGAGUUCCAGCCGUUGCAUUCUAUGAAAUAAUUUUUAUUUUCUGGCAAUAAGGAGCUAUGCAUUUUUUUAAAAAAAAAAACCUAAAGGGAGAAUGAACCACCAUGACAAUCUUCAGUAACUCAGGCUAAUGUGCAUGGCAUUGUAUAGUCUAAAAACCACUGGCUCCUUUUUAGCUAUAGAUUCCUAAAAUAAUCAGAUCUCCUUGGAACUGUGUGCCUUCUCCAAAUCACUGAACUACCCUGCCCCCCGCCAAAAAGAGAAAACCCUUCAGCUAUGCAACAACAAUUUACAUGGUAUAUUUACAACAUUUUUUGCUAAUAUGUAAUUAAUGAUGGGUUUUUAUACAAGUACCAGUGGGGAACUGUACAUUAACUGAUUCAGAUGUAAUGCUUAUCUUAAUGUACAAAUUUUUAAAGCACAAAAUGUAUUACAGCAUGUUAACUUUUUUUCUACACAGGGAACUUUUUUAAAAAAGAAAAGUCAUGUAUAUAAAACAGCUGCCCAACUUCUAAAAAUGGCUACGUUUUUUUAUAGGCACUGACAUAAUUACAUAAAGUCCUUUUACUUUUCCCUUUUGCUGGCCCAUUUCUCUGCAAUUCAAGAUCUAUUAGAAUGUGGGUACCAUUUCUGACUAGAGGGCCAGAUCCUUAUUUCCCCACCUGUGACAGGCCAAAUUUGAUCUGUCAGCCACCUGAUGUCACUAUGAUUCUGAUACUUCCAUUUCUAAGCCCCGAUUGCUAGGAAUUCGAAAUGCCGCUCAGGGCUAUUUAAAAGCCCUUUUGCAAUGAGCCCUACACUGCUUUUUAAACCUAUGAAAACCAGUGUGGCAAGGAACAUUGCAAAAGGACCUUCAAACAACCCUACACUGCAUUUUGAAGCAGGACCCAGGAUUGGACAGUUAAAUUCUGUUGUUUUGGCUGCCCGCGAACUGCCUGUUCCCAGUAGGGGAAAUAGGUGUAUGCAAUCAGAAUUUAACCCCACCCAACUCGUCAACUGACCACCGGCUGACUGGACUAACACCAGCUGAUUGGCAUGUGGGUAAGACUGGGACGUAGGCUGGCGGUUUCCUGGAGGAUCUUGUCACUUCCCAUCAGCACAGCCAGCAUGACCAAUAGAGUCCAACAUAAUAUGGAAGGAUGUAGGUUUUCAAACUCUUGGGUUAGUGUGGUGUCUUAACACAGCUAGUGUCUGGUGCUUGGGGUCCAUGUUUCUGUGUGUGAGAAAAUCUAUUUCAAGUAUAUGGAACCAGAAAUAAGGGGAGAAGUCAUUACUCAGUGGUGGGAACACAUAUUUUAACUAUGAAAAGUCCAAGUUUUUAAUUCUGGCCACCAUCUAUUGAGUUCAAGGUAACAGUAGUGCGGAGGGUCUCUACCAGAAACCUUGCAGUCACCAUCUGGGGAAGAUGAAACACUUGACUGGAUUGGACCAUGUAUAUUCAUGGAAAUGUAACAUUAUAGUGGGGGGCGAGAGAACCUUCAGCCCAAUUCCAUGUGGGUGAGGAACGUUCAGGAAGACGACAGGAGUGGGGAAGAAACCAAAAUGUAUGAAGCAAUUAGCGACAGGAUAAGAAAAAGGCCCCCUUGCAAGUGAUCAGAUCUUUGAGCAAAAAGCCACUUGUUUUCCUCUCUUCCGGCAGUGCACUGAGGGGGCAGGGGAAGCAAAAACAAGGCAGGCUACCUGUAGAAUGCAGCCCUCAACAACGUCCUCACUGACUUAUUGACACGAUCAAAGACUUCAGAGUUGCAUUUCUUCAGCAAAUGUUCAUUCGCUGCUCUCUGUGGCUGGUAACACCAAAUAGUGGUUAAGAGGCUCCUCAAGCCACAUAACUCAGUAGAUUUUAAAUGUGGUUUGUUUGUUGUGCUUAUUGAAGGCAUAUCCCACCACUCUUCUUUAGUGACCUUGGGAUGAGUCUCAACAAUACAAUAGCCAAGAGAAGA